CCCACCGAGGGUUUGUAUGUGGCCCGAACUCUGUGGUUCCGCGGAGGCGGAGCCUGCGGCGCGGUGCAUGCCGGGUCGUCAGCGGGCGGGCCCGGGCUCCUGUCAUGGCGGCGACGGCGGCUUCCCGAGUCUGGCUUUGGGCUGCAUUGCUUAUUCCUGCGGCAGCGGUGUACGAAGACCAAGUCGGCAAGUUUGAUUGGAGACAGCAGUAUGUUGGGAAGCUCAAGUUUGCUUCCUUGGAAUUUUCCCCUGGAUCCAAGAAGUUGGUUGUGGCCACAGAGAAGAAUGUGAUUGCAGCAUUAAAUUCUCGGACUGGGGAGAUCUUGUGGCGCCAUGUCGACAAGGGCACGGCAGAAGGGGCUGUGGAUGCCAUGUUACUGUACGGACAGGAUGCAAUCACUGUGUCCAACGGAGGCCGGAUCAUGCGUUCCUGGGAGACUAAUAUCGGGGGCCUGAACUGGGAGAUUACCUUGGACAGUGGCAGUUUCCAGGCACUUGGGCUGGUAGGCCUGCAGGAGUCAGUGAGGUACAUUGCGGUCCUGAAGAAGACCACUCUUGCCCUCCAUCACCUCUCCAGUGGGCACCUAAAGUGGGUGGAACAUCUCCCAGAAAGUGACAGCAUCCAUUACCAGAUGGUCUAUUCCUACGGCUCUGGGGUGGUGUGGGCCCUCGGUGUUGUUCCCUUCAGCCACGUGAACAUUGUCAGGUUUAAUGUGGAAGAUGGAGAGAUUGUGCAGCAGGUCAGGGUUUCGACUCCCUGGCUGCAGAGUCUCACCGGAGCCUGUGGUAUGGUGGAUGAGGCUGUCCUGGUUUGCCCUGACCCAAGUUCAUGGUCCCUCCAGACUCUGGCCCUGGAGAUUGAGUGGGAAUUGAGGCAGAUCCCACUGCAGUCUCUCGGCUUAGAAUUUGCUAGUGGAUUCCAACCCAGGGUCCUGCCCACACAGCCCCACCCAGUGGAUCCUUCUCGGUCGCAGUUCUUCCUGCAUUUGUCCCCAAGCCACUAUGCCCUGCUGCAGUACCAUCACGGAGUCCUGAAUCUGCUCAAAAACUUCCCACAGACUGCCCUAGUGAGCUUUGCCACCACUGGGGAGAAGACGGUGGCUGCAGUCAUGACCUGUCGGAAUGAAGCGCAGAAACCUAGCAGUUCUGAAGAUGGGUCAAUGGGGAGCUUUUCGGAGAAGUGGAGUCCACAGGACUCGCUGGCUUGCUUCAAUCAGACCUACGUCAUUAACCUCUACUUGGUGGAGACAGGUCGGCGGCUCCUCGAUACCACAAUCACCUUUAGCCUGGAACAAAACGGCACUCGGCCUGAGCGGAUGUACAUCCAGGUGUUUUUGAAGAAGGAUGACUCUGUGGGCUACCGGGCCUUGGUCCAGACAGAGGAUCACCUGCUACUUUUCCUGCAGCAGCUGGCAGGGAAGGUGGUCUUGUGGAGCCGUGAGGAGUCCCUGGCAGAGGUGGUGUGCCUCGAGAUGGUGGACCUCCCCCUGACGGGGGCGCAGGCUGAGCUGGAAGGAGAAUUUGGCAAGAAAGCAGCGAUUCAAGAUGGCUUGCUGGGGAUGUUCCUGAAACGCCUCUCGUCCCAGCUCAUCCUGCUGCAGGCAUGGACUUCCCACCUCUGGAAAAUGUUUUACGAUGCCCGGAAGCCCCGAAGUCAGAUUAAGAAUGAGAUCAACAUUGACACCCUGGCCCGAGAUGAAUUCAACCUGCAGAAGAUGAUGGUGAUGGUGACAGCCUCAGGCAAGCUUUUUGGCAUUGAGAGCAGCUCUGGCACCAUCCUGUGGAAACAGUAUCUCCCCAAUGUCCAGCCAGACUCCUCCUUUAAACUGAUGGUCCAGAGAACCACCGCUCACUUCCCCCACCCCCCACAGUGCACCCUGCUUGUAAAGGACAAGGAGACAGGAAUGAGUUCCCUCUAUGUCUUCAAUCCCAUUUUUGGGAAGUGGAGUCAAGUGGCUCCCCCGGUGCUGAAGCGCCCCAUCUUGCAGUCUUUGCUUCUCCCCAUCAUGGAUCAAGACUAUGCCAAGGUUCUUCUGUUGGUAGAUGAUGAGUACAAGGUCACAGCUUUCCCAGCCACUCGGAAUGUCUUGCGACAGCUACAUGAGCUGGCCCCUUCCAUCUUCUUCUAUUUGGUGGAUGCAGAACAGGGGCGGCUGUGUGGAUAUCGACUUCGAAAGGAUCUCACCACUGAACUCAGCUGGGAGCUGACCAUUCCCCCAGAAGUACAGCGCAUUGUCAAGGUGACCGGGAAGCGCAGCAGCGAGCACGUGCACUCUCAGGGCCGCGUGAUGGGGGACCGCAGCGUGCUCUACAAGAGCCUGAACCCCAACCUGCUGGCCGUGGUGACAGAGAGCACAGACGGACACCACGAGCGCACCUUCAUCGGCAUCUUCCUCGUAGACGGCGUCACUGGGCGAAUCAUCCACUCCUCCACGCAGCGGAAAGCCAAGGGACCCGUCCACAUCGUGCAUUCCGAGAACUGGGUGGUGUACCAGUACUGGAACACCAAGGCCCGGCGCAAUGAAUUUACCGUGCUGGAGCUCUACGAGGGCACCGAGCAAUACAAUGCCACCGCUUUCAGCUCCCUGGACCGCCCCCAGCUGCCCCAGGUCCUCCAGCAGUCCUACAUCUUCCCCUCCUCCAUCAGUGCCAUGGAAGCUACCAUCACCGAGCGGGGCAUCACCAGCCGGCACCUGCUUAUUGGGCUGCCUUCCGGAGCAAUUCUGUCCCUUCCUAAGGCCCUGCUGGAUCCGCGCCGUCCUGAGAUCCCAACAGAACAAAGCAGAGAGGAGAACCUAAUCCCGUAUUCUCCAGAUGUACAGAUACACGCAGAGCGAUUCGUCAACUACAACCAGACAGUUUCUCGAGUGCGAGGUAUCUACACCGCUCCCUCAGGCCUGGAAUCCACUUGUUUGGUUGUGGCGUACGGUUUGGACAUUUACCAAACUCGAGUCUACCCAUCCAAACAGUUCGAUGUCCUGAAGGACGACUACGACUACGUGUUAAUCAGCAGUGUCCUCUUUGGCCUGGUGUUUGCCACCAUGAUCACUAAAAGACUGGCACAGGUCAAACUCCUGAAUCGUGCCUGGCGGUAAAGGCCUGGGACGCGCUGCGGGCCAGCAGAGCGCCGAGGGGAGAGAGGCUCAGCGCAGGAGCUCCAGCUGCGGUCCCCAGGGCGCCGGAGGGCGGUGUUGGACACUCAGCUCAGUUACGACCCGAGAGGAGGAAGAUGGGCACGUGUGGUGCAGCGUCGUCGGUGGGUGGAGGCUGAACUCUCUCGGCUGAGAAUCAGAGCAUCUUGAUGGACUUGCCGCUGAAGUCCAAAGGCCGUUGCCGUUUCCUUUCUUUGCCCAUCUCUGAAUGUUGUGGGGGGUUUUUUGGUUCUUUGUUGUUUUUUUUAAUAAGACCUCUAAAGGAUUUUUCUCUUUUCUGAGGCCUGUUUAAAUUGACUUUGGUUUGCCUUUUUCCCCAUGUUUAGCUCAAAAUCCUUCUGUUUCCCUGCUGCUUGCUUCAAAGUCGGAAGGGAACUCUUACUGACAACUCCACCUUACAGGUGCAUUUGCUGGUUUACAUUGGGGAGAAAGAAGAUCCAGCCUCUCAUAGCUUCUCUCCAAAGUAACUCCUGGUCGUGGAAUCUCUGUUUGGUGUCAGACUUAUUUUAACUAAGCCUCUAGUUUCAAGCUCUCAUUGUUUCAAUUUAUCAAAAGCCAAGUGUGUAAAUAGCAUCUUGGUCUGUGUUCAUUGCCCAUGUUUUUCACCUAAGGUGUGUCUGAGUGGAGGCCUGUUUAAUACUACUGAAUUACCUGAACCUUGAAGAGCUUGCGAGGACAAAGAAUGGGCCCAUUCCACAGUCCCGCAUAGUCUCGUUUCACUCAGAGGCUGGUCCGGCCAGCUCAUAAACUAGUUAGAGAAAGUCGUCCGGUUUAGGACCUCAUUAUUUAUUUUUAGCUUGAGAUAUAAAUUAACGUGUGGGUCACUAGAUUUCUCUUAAAAGGAGAUUUUAAAUCUUACAGAUCUUUAAGAAAUGGAGGACAGGGGUCGGGGUAGGAAAUUGGCAUCUUGUGGACUGGCUGGACUGUUUGUUGUCUCUGCUACGUAUGACAGAUGUCCUAAACAUUUUCCCUCGUCUGUGGAUUUUGGGAAUGAUGGGGUUUUUCUUUACUGUGAAGAAUGAUGUGUACAGAGUAGAGCUUCUCUAGUGCUGUGGGAGAGGUAUACUCAAGUGUCUGAAUAAAGGGAGUGACGAAUGACACAAAUGUUGAAGUCCUUUUUUCUGCGUUAGGAACAUUACUUGGAGGCUACUUUUGCAGUAGAGGGGACAAAAAGCAGUGCAGAAAUGGUUUUUUAAA